AUGUUCCACACAUCGAAAAUCAAAUUGGCUACUUUCGUUGGAAUCAUUUUAUCUGUUGCAUCAUUGAUUGUACAUCUCUACCUUGCCAAUUCAUCAAGCAGAGAGCUGAUAUACUACAGGCUGCCUGUAGAUAACCUCUAUGGACCGGUAUUUUUAUUUUCCUGUCUCAAUUUGUAUCUUCUCUAUGUACAAAAUCUCUAAUUCUGAUUUCUCCUAUGUAAAAAAUGCUGUGACAAACGUUUUGUGAAUGCUUGUAUUUAAAGAUGGUGCCUCUUUGAUGUCCAUUGUAUAGUUUUGAACGCCCUAUAUUUGUGCAGAGGUUCAAGUUCAAAGCAUUAUGGGGUCCUGUGGGUUCAUUGGUAUCACUGCAACCGUAUGCAAAUCCAAGAAAAGUAUACCCUGGUACUGCAUCCUCUGUGAUUAUUUCUUGUCUUUCUUGCUUUCCACUUGCCCGACUCAUAAUUUUUAGAACCAUUGAAAAAGUGAUUCAUACUACAUAAUGAAUGGGGAUGAACUCAGAAAGUUUUCGUCAAAUGUGGUCCGCUGGUUUUGCCUCGAAGCCUGUUAAUUAUCAACUUUAGCAAGCGCAUGGUUGUAAGGCUAAGUUAUUUGUAGGGCAAGAACCAACCUACAGCUCGUGACCAAGCUUUAAGCACAGAAGCUGACAGAUAGUCCACGAAGGAUAUAUAUGAGAAUUUAUUUAUUGAAAAUCUCAAAAUGUCUGGAAAAUAAGAGAACUGAAACUGGAAAUUUCAUAACUUAUACUUCAUUUUUUUAUGAAUCUCCUUAGUUAUAGCUUACAAUUAACGUGUAGACAUGCUGCACAUCAUUCGUAUAAAAAAUUGAUUUAUUGCCAUUUCUCAUCAAAGAAGAGAUGAACUGAAAUGUACUUCAUUAGGAGGGUGCGGGUUUAUACAUCUGCAUCAAUACAUUGCAUUCAAAUUGUUCCAAAUAAUGCUUUGUUCUAGGAAGGAGUCUUCUUGUAUGGGUUCCAUCUUUCAACAUUUUGGUCUGGGUUCUCUGAAGACUUUCCUAAUGUUUAUUCUAAUGGACAUUUAAAUCCUUUAUUUAAGUGUUUACGUUGUUCCAUGGCACAAUAAUCGCCUUGGGUGGCUGGAUUGGCUAGGCCUGAUCCAUCCCAGACUGGAGUUAGAAGGACCGAGUUUGCUUCUCUUAGGAUUCUUAAGCUAUAUCCGGGCAACAAUUUAGGCCAGCUGUAGCCAGUUGGAUUGGGUGGGCAUCUCUGUUUCUGAAUUGGAUUGAUCGCGAAUGAUUCUUCUCCUAUCUCGACUUCAGAUUGGGCACAGUUGGUUUCGCCAUACCACUGCAAAAGGAUUCCUUUGCAAUUAUCGAAAUGAAUGGUUUAAUAAAAUAUUUGAAAGAACGAACGUUAGGUUAAAGAUCAUGUGGUCGCAUGAUCAAUACUUGUUUGAUGUGACAGAAAUCUGCAAUUAAGUCUAAGCUCUUGGAUUAACUUGGAAUGCGAAGAAAACAAUAGAAUGCGGUCCUGCAAGAAACUUGUCAGUCAUGAGAAAAGGGUAAAACAUGAAGUCGUUAUUUUGGUGAAAUAUUAUCUGUUUAGGAGCAGAAUUAUGAGUGAUAUUUGCUAGACAUUGCUGAUGUUGAAAGAGUGCCAUGCUAAUUUUUGGUAAGAAGAAAAAAGCUGCAAAAUGAGGAUAACCCAGAAGUGAUUGCAAAUCCUAGGAGUUUCGUGAUUGAAUUAAUGUGUUUGUGUUAUUACUGUUGUAUGCAAUCAAGGCUUAGACAAUAAUAUUAGAAAAAAAAAUUAUUUACGGCCCUUUUCCAACUUGUUGUCAGUUUAUCAUACACUCCCGUGCACUAUGCCUAAGCCUGGGCGUACAACUCAUAGACUACUUGACAGGAGAGGGCGCCUUUAGUGUUAAAUUUCUACUUUGAGAUUGUUUUCUCAUUGCGAGGUCUACUGAUAUGUAAGCAUGACAUUGAGGACAAGUUCAUUUAAUCAAGCAUUCUGAAUGUCAAUCCCAUAUGCAUCAAUCUGUAGGAUAAGCAGGUGUGAAAUUGUAUUGUUGGCCCAUGAAUAAUAUUAGAAAAUACCCAGUUGGUGUUCGUUUCAGUGGCAAGAGUCUGUAAAGCACCCUUCGUUUAAAUCUUGAGAGUACUAAUCAUGUUUAAUCAGAUAAAUAGAUCUAUCUCUCAGUGCAUGUCAAGAACCCAAUAUUGUCUCUUACUUCUUUAGAUUUCUUAUCCUGUUCUACUUGGGCAUGCAUGAGCGGGUCAAGAAUACGAAACCAUAUGUCCAGUUUUUAUCAUCAAGUACAGUUUCAUUGCAGAUUGAAAAGACGCUGUUUUUUAUCAACAUUUAACUACGAAGGACUUCCUAUAAGUCUACAGGAUUUCUUAUUCCUAAAAGUAAUCUCGUCUUAAUGGAAGGGGGAGAUUUCUCGGGGUUUUUUUCGUCAUUUUCAUGUGAAAAGAUAAUACUGGGCCGGCAGUAAUGCUGAAUCCUCUUCAGACAAGUUUCACUUCUCAGAUUAUCUUAACUGCAUCAACAGAAUCAUAACAGCAUAUUUUAGUCUUGAAAGUUGAGGAUUGUGUUUUUCACUCUACCUGGCACAUGAGAAUAGGGUCACAUGUUCUGUAUUUUCUUUUCCUCUUUAAGUUGGUUUGCUUAUGUCUUGAAUAAUGCACUUUUUCAUGACAGCUCCAAGUGAAUCAAACAAUGGUUAUAUCUAUGCAAAGAUUUAUGGUGGAUUUGAGAGGAUCAGAUCUUCGGUAUAAUCUUGAUUCUCCAAAGUGUGGCCUGUUGAUUUUGUUUCUUGUCGGAAUCUCAUGUCGAUAUCUGUUACUUGCUAGAUCUGUGAUCUCGUUACUGUUGCGAGACUCCUAAAUGCUACUCUUGUCAUUCCAGAAAUUCAAGCAAGUCUUCAAUCAAAGGGCAUCAGGUUUGGUUUCUGGAAUACGUUUUCAAAAUGCAUGUGUUUCUGCUUGUGUGUUCUAACCUAAUUUUUUUUCUUUCUUUCUUUCGUUUGCUGCAUAGCUCAAAAUUUAAAAGUUUUUCAUAUCUUUACAAUGAGGCGCAAUUCAUUGAAGCGCUGACAAAGGAUGUGACCAUCAUUGGAAGCCUGCCUAGAAGCUUGAAGGAAGCAAGGAAAAAGAACAUUUUUCCUGUAGUUUCACCCAAGUAUUCAGCCUCCCCGAGCUUCUAUCUCGAUGAAGUCUUACCGAAGUUAAAAGGAUCAAAGGUUAUUGGGUUGGUGAUCGCUGAUGGGGGAUGCCUUCAGGUGCAGCCUUUUCACCUGUGGUGCAUAUUCUGUAUUUUUUUAGUUGUCUUACUGAUGACUGAUAUAGAGCUUUUCACUAUAUUGGGACUAGAGGAUCUAUGAAACGGAUCAUUAUUUUUUUAGUGGUCUAUUAUUUUUCAUAUACACGCCAUACGAAAAACCGCACUUUUUCUUUGAAAUGCCUUUGUUUGUAUACUCUCGCCUUAAGAUCUGUUGUAAUCAUGUGGAGAAGUAAUUUAUUUGUUUUAUUACUUGCAUACUUUGAAUAAUUUUCAUGAUUUUUUAUGUCUUGUCAUUUUUGUCUGUUUAAUGGAUUAUAACCUCCAUGACAACCGUCCAGAUAUCCAUUCACCCUCCACAACAUUUCUGCUUUGUCCUUUUUUUUCCAUAUGUAAUUUCUAUGGAUACUCUAUGAUUGGAUAUGUUUAGGGAAUGGGAUGCUUAUAAAACCUCUUCCUAUGAGAAGCGUAAAUAAGUAAAUGCAUUUUCAUUGCAUUCAGCAUGUUAGUUCUUGCAUGGCAUGUGUAAAUACGAAAACGAAAGUUCUACGCGCUGCUGUUCCAGUGGGGUGUUACCACAGUCUGGUGAUAUUUAGAAUAUGGGUCUUAAGAAUAAUAUUUAUGUAUCUAUAUAUUUAUGUUUAUGUUUCCGUAUUGUAGGGGUAUAUUUGAAAAUAAAUUAUUUGACUUUAUGAUGAUCCUUCGUGUGUUUUAGUGUUUUCCAAUAUGUAUAUUAUCAGAAGACAAUCAUAACUGGAAACGUUGUGAGCUUAUGAUCAGUGAAAUUCUCUGCAAAUAUAAUUUUCACGCACAUUUUAUAGAUUCUGCAUAUUGUUAUGACGUCAGAAGUUUCAUAAAUAAUUAUACAUGUAAUGUUGAUUAAUCUUCUUUCUUGUACAGAUUUAUUUCAGUUGGGGUUGUUUUUCUUAUUUCUAGACACGCUUUGGGUUUGUUUAUUCCACUAAAUGAAUUAUGUGUGCGGUUAGAUUGCUCAUCUCUCGAAUGUGGGCAUCUUUUUUGUUUUUUUAUUUUUGCUGCCGGUUUCAUAUUUUUGGUUCAGUUAAUGUGAAUCGAAGAAAAUUCUGCUGUGUAAGCCAAUCCAUGAAAGAAAAAAUCUUUAACUCCCUACACUGGGAGCAGAUGAAGUCUUGUUAACUUCUUAAAAUGCUUCAUGUGUAUGCGUAUACAUUUUGGUGGAUCGAUUCUUAAGCUAUACAUUCUAUUGUCGUCAUGAAAAUGUGUUCUGCUUUACACUUUUUUAUCAAGCGUUGGACUACAUGCAAAAUCUUACACAUAUACUGAGCGUAGUACUACAAUAAUUUCUUUGAAGCUCAAUGUAGCACGGAGGUGAGUGAUUCUAUCAUAGUUCCUAACCUCUAUUUGUUGAUGUGUUUUAGUAAACAUGUGCACAUACUUUUGUUUGAGCUGCCCUAGGAUCCCAUCCUGCUCUUUUCUAAGGCAAGAGCUCUUAUUGUUCUCUGAUCAUUCCCAUUUCUUUUUCCAGUCUGUCCUUCCUCCAACUAUGGUCGAGUAUCAGAGGCUCAGAUGCAAAGUUGCUUUCAUGGCUCUUGAUUUCCGCCCUGAAAUUAAGGCACUUGGAACUCAAAUUGUGGAAAGGUAGCACUUUUCAUGACCAGAUUCCUUGAUCAGAUUACUCCAAAGUGUUUAUUUGGUGUGGAAAAUUUCACUUCUUCGUAUUAAAUUAUUCAGUUACUUUCAGGAUAUGAUUGAUUCAGUUGUAGUAAUUUUUCGGUUAAUUUGGCAUAUAUUACUUUUGUGGUUUAUUGGUAAACAUGACACCUUUUUGUUGGAUAGAAGUUGGUGAGUUGUAGAUUUCUCUCAACUCUCAUCAAAUUCUUCAAAGUGAAGAGGGCCAGACAGUCUCACCCCUGAUUGCUAAAAUAUCACCACCAAAACCUAAACCCUUUCAAAGAUGUUGCAGUAGAUUAUGCAUCAUCAUAUGAAUGUGUUGCAAUAUUCUUUGAACAUAUGUAGAUUGUUGACUUUUGUCUGGUUGUCUCGUAACUUCCAAAGUAGAGCCUUGACAACAAAAGUGUACAAACUACCUAGAUGAGGGCUUUAAUGCCCCGUAAUUUGGUCUUGUCGCACAGUACCAUGUGUUUGCAUCACAAAAGCAUUGUGGUGGUCUCUUGGUUGAAAUUGUUCACUCGUAUCUACUUUUAUGUUAACUACUGAAUGAUGAAAUUUUUGUUGUCAACGUUUUAUGCGUUUUAUGCUGAUGCUUAUUUGUAUGAAUACUAAUAUUUUUGCAUAUGUAAUGGGCGUCUCUAAUUUUAUUAUUCAAUUACGUGUAUAAAACAUAUUUGAAUAUUAUUUCAGGCUCAAUAUUUUGUGUAUAUGGACACUUUUCCUGUUUAUCAAAUACUCAUGCUUAAUUUUUUAAAUUUUAAUAACCCAUCAUGUAGGCAUAAGACAGGUUCACCCUGGUCGUCUUAAAAAGCCAUAGAAAUUAUAUGUUUGAGUUCUUGAUCUCGUUAGGCUCUGACAGUUCAAGUUCCCGUGGAGAUCUGAGUCAGUAGUCGGAUUACUUGCCUUUACGUCUGGAUCUAGGUUCAACUGAACAGCUUUUUUUAGCUGAACAGCAUUAUUCAAAUUCGUUUGGCAGGUUGAGAGCUUCUGGAAAACCUUAUUUGGCGUAUCACCCUGGUCUUGUAAAAGAAACACUGGCAUUCCAUGGAUGUGCCGAGCUUUUUCAGGUCAGCUAUUCUUGUACCAUCUCAUCUGGUCUACUUGUUAUUUUCAAUCCUUCUAUAUGUUAUACUGAGAACAGGGGCAGGUGUUGAGGCAGUUUAAAGUUUCCAAUACUAAAAAUUAUGUUGUGCUUUCCUUCUGUCUUCAUUUUUUAUAACUAUCUAACCUCUGGUUCGCAAUGUGGAUUGAUCAGGAUCUUCACACAGAGCUUAUACAGCACAGAAGGAAGCAAAUGAUCAAAAAGGGGAUUCUACACGAAGAACUGAGCGUUGAUUCAUUCAUUCGAAAAAGAAAUGGGUCAUGUCCUCUGAUGCCAGAAGAGGUGGAUUCACUGUUGCCUUCUUCUGCCUUGAAGGGGUUUUUUCUUAAAAUUAAGUUAUUUUAUGUAUUUUUCAUGCAUAUCUUCAAGUAAUUCACAGUAAGUUUCAACAUAAAAUAUUUGUUUCUCCCGUCAUCCAGCCCUCAGUUGACCCACAAUUGGAAUAAUCCUGCGGUUCCUUACGCUGUCCUUGUCAUAAAUUUGAGGAAAAAAUCUAUCCUCAGACAGCCUGCAUGUGAAAAAAUAUUCUGAUCUUAUCUCCAUCUGUGAUUCUUUACUGCGUGUCUUUUGACAGGACCCCAAUCCAGAUUGGGAUUUAUCUGAUUUUUCCCAUAACCCUAACUUUGAAAACAAUAUAAAACCUAUUGAACGAUGUUGCUUGCAGAGAUUUUGGUGCAAUUUAGCCUGACCCACCCUUGCGAUCUGUUAAGCGCAUGGCCUUCACCAAUAUCCCCACUCCAGAUGGGGAGUAUCUGAUAAUACCCUUGUCUCUGGCAUCAGAAUCCGAUGAUCCUUUAUAGAUCUCGGUGCAAUUUAGUCCGACCCAAGUGAUCUGCCCUCGAUUUGAUGAGCUUUAUCUCGGGCCAACAGGCUCUUGAUCUACAUGCUAUCCGCAGUCUUCCAUUAAUAUUCCAUUCUCUGAGCUUCGAUCCCUUCACAUAGAGAUACAAACCUACCAUGAUCAUAAAUUUGCCUUGGUGAAGCCCUUCUCUUCUGCUCCUUGCAGGUCGGCCUUCUCCUCCGAGCCGUGGAGUACCCUCCGGACACCAUCAUCUACUUGGCCGGUUCUGAGACGUUUGGCGGGCAACGAGUUCUCCUCCCUCUGCGGGCCAUGUACGGCAACACAGUUGACCGCUCCUCCCUGUGCGGCAAGACGGAGCUCUCGAGCCUAGCAGGCCCUGAGUCUCCUCUCCCCCCCAGCACCGUCCAGCCGCCGCCGCCGAAGACCAAAGAGGAGCUCCAAGAGGAGUGGAAGAAGGCGGGGCCCCGCCCCCGCCCCCUGCCACCGCCGCCAGGGCGGCCGUUCUACCGGCAUGAGAAGGAAGGCUGGUACGGCUGGCUGGCGGAGGCCGAGGUUGAGCCCGAUCCCACUACCAUGGAUCUCAGGAUGAACGCCCACAGGUUGCUAUGGGACGCCCUCGACUACCAUGUCUCUGUCGAGGCCGACGCAUUCUUCCCCGGGUUCAAUGAUGAUGGCAGCCGGUGGCCGGAUUUCUCCAGCCUGGUCAUGGGGCACCGCCUGCACAAGUCGGCCUCCAAGAUCACCUAUCGCCCUGACAGGUGAGGAAGGUUUUUUGAUCGAGCUCUAGAAAGCUUUUUUUUUUUUUUGUUAGUUCCCCUGAUUCAAGUUCAGAUCUUUCUUGUUCUCUCUUGGAGUUUUUGUUAUACCCAUCUGCGGCAAUUAAUUAAGAUGAUGAUGAUGAUGAUGAUCGAGCUCUCGAAGGUUUUGUUUUUUAAUCUUCUGGUUCAAGCUGCAGACCUUUCUUGUUCUCUGUUGGAGCUUUCCUUUUACCGAUAUGUGGCAGUUAAUUAAAGAUGAUGAUGAUGGUGAUGAUGAUGAUGAUGCUCAACUGUUGAUGACGAUCCUCUUCUUCUCAAUUUGUUUUCAGGAGGAGGCUUGCAGAAUUAUUUGGGACGACCAGCAGCAAUCGCUAUCAUCCCAGUCGGAACUGGACCUUGGCAAUGAGGGAGAGCCUCAAGAAGGGAUUAGGCGUGGAGGGUCUGGCGGCGGCGGCAGAUAGAAUGACGGAGCAGCAGCCGCCACCGUCGUUCCUCUCUCACCCCUUGCCGGGAUGCUCCUGCAGAACUUCCCCGGCCGCCGGCGACCAGGAAGUUCUCCUCGGCGGCGUGGAAAUAUGCCCAGAGUGGAUGAGGUCCAGUCCUGUCUCAGUCUCCCUGAGAGCUACUGGUGGCAAGGAUGACGGCAGUGAGGAAGGCGGUGGCGGAGAAGAUGAGGUGGGUGGAGAAUUUCCACCGGAGACUGACGGCGGCAGCAAGGCGGACGCUGCCGCCGCGGGGCCCUCAGAGCAGGACGCGGAGAUGGACCCUGAUGAUUAG